AUGUCCCAAGAAAACAUGAUACCCGGCAUCAUCCGAUUAGAAAGAUUAAUCAAUAGACCAAUAAGCCAAUUGCGUCCCUCCAAGCGGUUAAAACCAGAGGAUUUUCAUGAAGGUGGUGAAAAUAAAGAAUUACGUGUAGGUUUUGGUCGCGAUAAUGGACUUUUCGACGUUGUACUACAACUACUAAGAUGUUCAUUAUUAGAUGUUACACUUAUAUUCCUUGAAACGCUAUUUUCAGAAUUUGUUGACGUAUCAGACAUAGAGAAUAGUGGAUGGUAUGACCUUUUUUGCUCAUUAUCACCAUUCUCUAAAUCACCCUUAGAAUUAGAAUUAGAAUUGCGAUGGAGUAAAUAUCGUACUAUUUCAAGAAGGCAAUUUAAUGGGAUUGAACCUAAAUCUUGGAAAAGGAAUACGGUGUAG